GGCACCUUCAACCAUGCAGCUCAAACAAACUCUUCUCCUCCCAGCAUCACUCGCCCUGGUUGCGGCCCAAGACGACGUGAUCAGUUCCAUCGUCAGCGACGUAACCAGCGCGAUCGACAGCAUAGCUUCAGACGUAACAUCUGCAGGUGGUGAUGCGACCUCUUUCUUCGGCAGCCUAGGAACAGCAAUCACGAGCGUGGGCGAAAGCGUCUACACCGUAGCAACCGAUGGCGCAGGCUCGAUAGUUUCCACCAUCACCUCUGAAGCAGGAGAAUUCGGAUCUCAAGUCACUUCGAUUGGAGAAAGCGUGUAUACCGUUGCGACUAACGAGGCGGGAUCCAUCGUCUCGACGAUCACGUCUGGAGCAGAGAGUUUCGGCAACCAAGUCACGUCUGUGGGCGGGUCAGUCUUUACUGUUGCUACGAACGAAGCGGGAUCCGUCGUGAGCACGAUUGGAAGUGCUGCGUCUUCUGCUGCGGAUGAUGCGACGGGAACGUCAGAGGCUGGAGCUAAGAUUACUGCUGCGCCUGUGAUUGCUGGGGGUUUGCUUGGGGCUGCGGGUAUGGCUGUUGUUGCUUUGUUGUAGACGAGAUUCUACGAGUUCUCAGCGAUGGCGUAAGGGAAGCGAAUGUGCUUUGCAUAGUGUUUCCAAGACCCAGAAAACGCGUCGGAGAGACGACGACAGCUUUAUUGUACUUUUAUGAGUGCAGAUGGAGCAUCUGGUAAUACGAUCAUGAUUUAACUGC